UUAAUCCCUCGGGCCCGGGAGGGGCGAGCCAGGCCCGGAACCCCAGAAUCCGAGGGCACCGGGGUCCCUGACUGAGAAGUGCAGGGCUCCGCAUGCCAUCACGCUCGGACCGCGCCUCUGCCGCAGACAUGGAGAAACUCAGUGCGCUGCAGGAGCAGAAGGGCGAGCUGCGCAAGCGGCUGUCCUACACCACGCACAAGCUGGAGAAGCUGGAGACCGAGUUCGACUCCACACGCCACUACCUGGAGAUCGAGCUGCGGCGGGCGCAGGAGGAGCUGGAAAAGGUCACGGAGAAGCUGCGCAGGAUUCAGAGCAACUACCUGGCACUACAGCGGAUCAACCAGGAGCUGGAGGGCAAGCUGUACCGCAUGGGCCAGCACUACGAGGAAGAGAAGCGCGCACUGAGCCACGAGAUUGUCGCCCUCAACAGCCACCUCCUGGAGGCCAAGGUGACCAUUGACAAGCUGUCGGAGGACAACGAGCUCUAUAGGAAGGACUGCAAUCUAGCGGCCCAGCUGCUGCAGUGCAGCCAGACCUGCGGCAGGGUCCCUAAGGUGUCCGAGCUGCCCUCGGACUUCCAGGAGCGCGUGAACCUGCACAUGGAGAAGCUCGGCUGCAGCCUGCCCUCCCAGCUCUGCCACCCUGCCUACGCCGACAGCGUCCCCACCUGCGUCAUCGCCAAGGUGCUGGAGAAGCCUGACCCGGCCAGCCUGUCCUCACACCUGUCAGAUGCCUCGGCCCGUGACCUGGCCUUCCGUGACGGGAUAGAGAAGCAGGUCCCACGACCCCCAUACAAGGGGGACAUCUACUGCAGCGACACAGCCCUCUACUGCCCCGAAGAACGGCGGCGUGACCGGCGACCCAGCGUGGACACGCCGGUGACAGACGUGGGCUUCCUGCGGGCCCAGAAUUCCACAGACAGCGCUGCAGAGGAGGAGGAGGAGGCUGAGGCUGCGGCCUUCCCCGCUAGCUUCCGGCGCGAGGCCUUCCCUGGCUACGCGGGCUCACUGCCCACGUCCAGCUCCUACUCCAGCUUCAGUGCCACGUCGGAGGAGAAGGAGCACGCGCAGGCCAGCACGCUCACCGCCUCGCAGCAGGCCAUCUACCUGAACAGCCGCGACGAGCUCUUCAACCGCAAGCCUCCCGCUGCCACCUACGAGGGCAGCCCUCGCUUCGCCAAGGCCACGGCCGCAGUGGCAGCCCCUCUUGAGGCUGAGGUGGCCCCAGGGUUCGGGCGGACAGUGUCUCCGUACCCAGCUGAGUCCUUUCGCUUCCCAGCCACCCCGGGCCCCCAGCAGGCCCUGAUGCCCCCAAACCUGUGGAGCCUACGGGCCAAGCCAGGGUCCGCCCGGCUCCCUGGACAGGACACUCGGGGCCAGUGGCGGCCCCUGAGCGUGGAGGACAUUGGUGCCUACUCCUACGCGACCAGCACCGCAGGCCGAGCCUCGCCCUGCAGCUUCUCUGAACGCUUCUACGGUGGCAGCGGGGGCAGCCCAGGCCAGAAGGCCGAGGGCCGCGCCAGCCCCCUCUAUGCCACCUACAAGGCCGACAGCUUCUCGGAGGGUGAUGACCUCUCCCAGGGCCACUUGGCAGAGCCCUGCUUCCUGCGGGCUGGUGGCGACCUCAGCCUCAGCCCCAGCAGAUCGGCCGACCCGCUCCCGGGCUACGCACCCAGCGAGGGAGACAGGGACAGGCUGGGGGUGCAGCUGUGUGCAGCUGCCAGCAGCCCUGAGCCAGAGCACGGCUCCAGGGACUCCCUGGAGCCCAGCUCCAUGGAGGCUUCCCCGGAAAUGCACCCUGCCGCCCGCCUCAGCCCCCAGCAGGCCUUCCCUCGGACUGGCGGCUCUGGCCUGAGCCGCAAGGACAGCCUCACGAAAGCCCAGCUCUACGGAACCUUGCUCAACUGACCGCUGCCCGCAGGCCAUGGCUGGGGCCUCCACCCCCACUCUGGCCCCACCCAACGUGGUGGCUGAGAGGGGCAGCCCCUCCCCAGACACCCACAUUCCCCAGCCCCCCGCUGAGGGGGAAUCGGUCCAGACACCCCCUCUUCCACAACCCAGUAGAGUCUGAGGGGGACCCUGGCUCCCCAUCCCGUCUGUCCACCCCAGCCUCCCCACUGAGGAACUCCCACUUAGAGUGUUGUCACCACUGUCCCCCGCCCGAGGUGAGCAUUCCCCUUUUAUAAAGUGAAACUAUUUUUAUAGAGAAAAAGGGUCUUUCUUAACGCACUUGGCCUCCAGCAGCCUGGAUGGCAGCCUUGGCGUUUUCCACACAAAGCUCCUUUAUUUUUCCGGUGAGGGUGCGUGGGGCCUGCCCCCAAGAAGGGAAAGACCAAGCCCCACAUGCAAGGAGGCACCCCACAAGCCGGUGACAAGGGAACCCCACCGUUCAGUCCGCCGGGAGGGAAGUGGAACCAAUUAGGGAUAUGAACGUCUGAACGCUUUCUCCCAGUGUGGCCAGCACGACACCCGAGCUCCUUGUGGCCCAUCAGUCCCGAGUGGGGCCGGGACACUGUCCCAGUACGGCGGUGCUCCCUCCUCCCUAGCCGCCCCCCAAUGCCACCUUCUCUACCUCAGACGUAUGAGGCCCCCACCCUGCACUCCGAGCCGUGAUGCAUGCUUGUCCGUCCACGUCCUGUUUUGCAUUCAUCAAUAAAAGACAGU